AUGAGAUUUCUUCACAACGCUCGAGCGCCACACGAACGCCGCGAACUGGGUGAAUUGACAGUGGACGAAUUGAGUGAGUCCGAGUUGAUGCUGGUGAAAUCAGCGCAAGAGUCUGAGUUCCGAGAUGAGAUCAAGGCCAUCAAGAAGGGACAACCUGUGAGUUCCCAGAGCAAGAUUGCAGUACUCCAUCCACAGUUAGAUGACAGUGGCUUGCUGCGUGCAAGGAGUCGACUUCAGUACGCAGACGUCUUGCCCUCUGACACGAUCUCGCCGAUCAUCCUUCCCAGGACGCAUCCAACAACUAAGCUUGUGAUCACGCGGAUCCAUGGCAACGGUCAUCACGCACUCGGCAACAAUCAAGUUCUGAACGAGUUAGUAAAGCGGUUCUGGGUUGUCGGUGCACGUGAAGCAGUCAAGGAAGUGGAUCGUCAAUGUCCUGAAUGCCAACGCCGAAAGGCCAAGCCUGCUAAGCAGCUCAUGGCGCCACAGCCAACACUCCGGAUUGAACCCGGCACCCGUGCGUUUGAAAGGGUUGGAAUCGACUUUGCAGGACCGAUGUACACCAAGCAGGGACGCCGAGCGCAGGCAAAGAGAUGGCUGUGCAUCUUCACCUGUCUUGCCACACGCGCUAUCCACAUCGAAGUAGCGUAUGGUCUUGAUACUGGAAGCUUUCUGAACUGCUUCUUCCGAAUGGUCGAACGACGUGGCGCCCCACACGAGGUGCUCACUGACAAUGGCACGAACUUUGUUGGUGCAUUAACCGAGCUACGCGAGUUGAGAAGUGAACUGGACGAGAAGAAGAUCAUCAAGGCAACCAACGGUCAACGGAUUCAGUGGCACUUCAACCCUCCCGCAGCACCGCACUUCGGAGGACCAUUUGAGGUUAUGGUGAAGGCUGCCAAACGAGCACUGUACGCCAUUCUGAAGUCAGGUGACAUCACAGAUGAGGAGUUAGUGACGGCAACGAUUGGAGCAGAACACCUGAUCAGCAGUCGGCCCUUGACAACGGUAUCUUCAGAUGCCAGAGACUGUACUCCUAUCUCUCCAAGUGACUUGCUGCUUGGCGACGCGAGCCACAGUAUUGAUGUACCCGGUAAUGACCCAGCAGCUAGCCUGAGGAGACGCUGGAGACGAGUCCAGGAGCUGGUCAGACAUUUCUGGGCAAGAUGGAUGCAAGAAUGGCUGCCCAUGCUGAGUGGUCGUGCCAAAUGGAAGAAACCCUACAACAACGUGCAAGUCGGUGAUGUCGUUAUCCUACUCGCCAAAGACACACCACGUGGUCAGUGGCAGCUGGGACGAGUUGUCGAUGUUCACCCAGGACGUGACGGGCUGGUACGAGACGUGGACGUAAAGAUGAAGAACACCACGCUACGUCGCCCAACAAGCAGAUGA